AUGAAGUCUACCUUGUACCUGGCGACUGGGGCUCUCGGCAUGGUUACCAUUGCGCACGCCAUUCCAGCCUUCCUUACUACCACCACCAAUAGCCUGGAUACUGCGGGGCGUACCACUAGUACCGAUAAGCCGGUCAAGCACUAUGCUCCCACUGCCAAGGUCAGCGAUGAGAACCACCCAGUCCUCAAGAAGCGCGCCAAAGAGGACAGAGUUGAUCUUGAAAUCACGGCUGGAACCUCCAGAAGCAGAGGUGGCGGUCUUCCAGCGGACACAGCUGAGGAAUGGAAAUCGGCAGCCCGAAAAGCUUUGGCCGCCUAUGGCUGCAACCGGGGCACAAUCGUUCAUGGCCCGCAUAGUAGCAACGAUUCUAGCAGCUCAGACUCAAGGGAGCAUAUUACGGUUCAGCCCCACGAUGGCGGCCAUAAAAUGCACGUGUACAUUGAUGGAACUUACACACAGGGCAAAACUGCUCAUAAGAAGGGAAGGCACUGA